AGAUUCGGAAAUGUCCCCACCACUUGUUAUCAAGAAUGGAACUGUCGUCAAUGAAGAUGGAAUGUUUAAAGCUGAUGUUCUUGUUAGAAAUGGAAUUAUUGUAGAAGUAUCUCCAAAUAUAACUGCUCUACCAGAUACAGAAGUAAUUGAUGCAACAGAUCGUCUUGUGAUUCCUGGAGGUAUUGAUCCUCAUACACAUAUGCAAAUGCCAUAUAUGGGAGAAGUGACAAAAGAUGAUUUUUUGAAAGGAACAGAAGCAGCAGUUGCUGGAGGAACUACAAUGAUAAUUGAUUUCUGUUGUCCGGAUCAUAGAAAUGGGGAGUCAUUGAUUGCUGGUUACAAUAGAUGGAGAAGUUGGGCAGAUCCAAAAGUGUGUUGUGAUUAUGGUUUAUCAGUUGCUAUCACAAUGUGGAGACCAGAAACUGCUGAACAAAUGGCAAUUAUUACAAGUCCAGAAUUUGGAGUUAAUUCGUUCAAAUUCUACAUGGCUUAUGAGAACACACUAAUGGUCAGAGAUGAUGAAUUAUUCAGAGGAAUGCAAGAAUGUGCAAAACUUAGAGCAUUGGCAAGAGUUCAUUGUGAAAAUGGUUCAGUGAUUAAAGAAAAGGAAAUUGAUUUAUUGGCAAAAGGAGUUACUGGGCCUGAAGGACAUACACAGAGUAGACCAGAAGAGAUUGAAGCAGAAGCCACCAAUAGAGCUUGCGUUUUGGCUGCUCAAGCUAAUUGUCCAGUUUAUAUCGUUCAUGUAAUGACAAAAGGAGCCGCAUCAGCAAUUUCCCAUCACCGAGCUCAAGGUUCCAUUGUUUUUGGAGAGCCAAUAGCUGCUGGAUUAGCUCUUGAUGGAUCACAUUAUUAUAAUGAAGAUUGGCUCCAUGCUGCAAGAUAUGUCAUGUCUCCACCAUUAAGCAGAGAUCCAACUACACCUGAAUUACUUAUGAAAUUACUUGCGGCCGGGGAACUUCACCUGACAGGAACAGACAAUUGCACAUAUGAUUGCAGGCAAAAAUCUCUUGGAAAAGGAAACUUCACAAAAAUUCCAAAUGGAAUCAAUGGUGUCGAGGAUCGAAUGUCAGUUGUAUGGGAAAAAGGGGUACAUUCUGGAAUAAUUGAUCCAAUGAGAUAUGUCUCAAUAACCAGUUCAACAGCUGCAAAAAUUUUUAAUAUUUAUCCAAGAAAGGGAAGAAUUGCAGUUGGUUCCGAUGCAGAUAUUGUAAUUUUCAAUCCAAAUGCCACUAGAACUAUUUCAAAGGACACACAUCAUCAUAACCUCGAUUUCAACAUUUUUGAAGGAAUCAACUGUCACGGAGUUGCCGAAGUUACUAUUUCUCGAGGGCGAAUUGUAUGGGCUCACGGAAAACUUCAAACAGUUCCCGGAUCUGGGAAAUUUAUUCCCCUUCUUGCGAAUUCACCAUUCGUUUUUUCAACUCACGAGAAAAGGGAACAGAAAAUUCAACCAAGGAUAGUUGAAAGGCUUGAAUGAAAUUGCUUUUUUAUUUAUUACUUUUCUUGUUCUGAUUAACUUUCGAAUUACCAUUUUGAGUUAAAAACGUGAAUAAAUUGUUUGUUCAAU